AUGGCUUUGCAAAAAUUACAUAUCGAACCAUUAACGCAAGAAGCAUUUACUCCAUUUGGUGAUGUUAUUGAAACAGAUCAACGUCCUUUUAGAAUGAUAAACAAUGGAUCUACUCGUCGGUAUCAUUGUCUGAGUCAAGUAGAAACGGCGAAUCCAGCUGAUGGUGAUCGAGCUAUUAUUAGUAUUUUCCAAGCCCGAGUGACGAAGAUGCCGUUUACUAUUCGUAUGCUUGAACGGCAUCCACUUGGUAGCCAAGCUUUUGUACCGUUACUCGGUCGACCCUUUCUAUUAGUUGUUGCUCCACCAACAGACUACUCUAUCAAUAACGAUAAACCUCAACUUGAACGUAUACGUGCAUUUGUAACUAACGGAAAACAAGGUGUAAAUUAUAGUCGUGGAACUUGGCAUCAUCCUGUAUUAGCUAUCGGCAAUGAAGAUGAUGAUUUUCUUGUUGUAGAUCGUGAAGGUUCAGGUAAUAAUUGUGACGAACACUUUUUUGAAGAAAACGAACAAAUGACGUUGGAUUAUCAAUUAUAA